AUGGAUCGAAACCUCCUUGUGGGUCGAGAGCAGGUUGUGGGCAUCGGUCAGGGAGAAUCAGAUCCUACUGUGGUCGAGAGUGGUCUUCUCCAGCGUUCAGUACUGGGACCCAUUUUGUUCCUAAUAUACGUGGACGACUGCGCGAGAGCUUUGGACUGCGAAGUAGCAAUGUUUUCAGACAACAUGAAGAAAGGGGGCCCUGUUGACGAAGAUAGACUGCAGGUGAAUCUAAAUCGGUUGGAGGACUGGUCAAACCGUUGGCUCGUGCCGUUCAACGUUGGUAAGUUUUCUAUAAUUCCCUAGGCAAUCCGGCCAGAUCAGCCAGCACAAGGGACUACUUUCUGGAUGGUGCAGUCUUACGAGACGCCAAAGCCCGAAAGGACCUCUGUAUGCAUAUAACGAACUCCCUAAAAGCAGUUGAUAGUUCAGGAAGAUCUUUACCUGUUCCUAUCCCCAAUUCUCUACUUAAUUAGAACAUCACAGUUACGAAGCCCACUUGCACACCAGCCUGUAAAAUGCAAGUGUACAAUGUCACUGAUGAUUUUUCCAAUCCCCACUGCUAGCCUGACACUCCAAAGAACGAAGCCUUCUCCUAAUGAAGGCUGUUUAUCGUAAUCAUUGAGUCCGUUAUCCAACAUAAAUCGCCUUUCAUAUUAUGCUCAACAUUCCCAAAAUCAUAUUUUUAUGCCCCUAUUUUCCCAACCCAACAAAACAGCUUACCUCUUCCAGGGUCCUCCUCAAAUAUUUUCCCAAACAAUGCCGUAUCUCUAAGUAGUGGUAAUUACCGCGCACAUGUUUAGACAAUAGCAAUUUUGUCAUCUACCAAUUGCUUCAUCCCAACAGCUUGAUUUUCCACCACCAGCUCUCCUUUUUUAUAACUAUCAAUGAGCGAAAUCUGUACACCAGAAAUACGCUCAGUAUUGUCUCUUUCAACGCAAGAUCAGUCGGGCGAAAGAUGUCACAGCCAAGAAGUGUAGCCUUGGAUUUUGAUCCAGAUGUUUUGUGCAUUACAGAAUCUUGGGCUCACUCUCUAAUUUCAGACUCGGCGCUCAAUAUGGAUAACCUUAGUUUAUACCGCCAGGAUCGUGUCGAAAGACGCGGCGGUGGUUGCCUUCUUUACAUCAGAGCCUCACCUGCAAAGUCGCCUUAUGACCUGAACAUUUCCUCCUUCUCCGGGAAUUUGUUUCUCUUCGGUGAUCCUUCCGAAAAAUAG